AUGUCGUUCUCGCAAGCCGACGAUGACAAGUCUGGAAAGGUAACGACAACGAUGGUCGAAGCCAAGGCCGUGGGUUCGAGAACGCCCAGCGGGGCUGGCAGUGUUGAAAUAGUCCCAACCACCGAGGGCGACAAGCUGAAGCGAAAUAUCAGCAUUCGACACAUGGUUUUCAUGGCACUAGGGGGCUCCAUAGGCGCUGGUCUAUUCGUUGGAUCCGGUGCCGCUCUAAGUUCCGGCGGACCGUUGUCGCUGGUUACCAACUUUGCAGUCGUCGGUCUUGGUGUGACUUGCACGAUGGGUUGUCUGGGAGAGCUAGCAGCCGCAUUUCCCGUCGCUGGCGCCUUUUACGAGUAUUCCAGACGCAUGAUAUCCGAGCCCUGGGGCUUCGCCAUGGGCUGGAACUUUGUCUUCAACUGGCUCAUCGUCUUCCCCUUCGAGCUCACCGUCAUCGCUGCGCAGAUGAAGUAUUGGGUCCCGGACCUGCAGCCGGCCUACAUCAUCACGCCCAUCCUCGUCACUCUGACGGCCACUUCCUUCCUUGGCUCCAGGUGGUUCGGGGAGAUCGAGCACGCCUUUGGCGUCGGCAAGGCCGUCGCCAUCACCGUCUUCAUUUUCGUGGCCAUCUUCAUCAUCACUGGUGCCGUGCCAUCAGAUCCUCGGCACGGAACGGGCGCCAAGUUCUGGCACGACCCCGGCGCCGUGAAGAACGGCCUUUCAGGCUUCCUCGUGGUCUUCCGUGUCGCGGGGAUGUCGUACGGGGGCACGGAGCUCCUCGGGAUGACGGCAGCCGAGUGCAAGAAUCCGCAAAAGGCCCUCCCCCUCGCGACAAAGAUCGUCUUCGCCCGUAUCUUCUUCUUCUACAUCGUCUCGCUCCUUCUUCUUGGCUUCGUCGUACCCUCGGACGACCCGGGCCUGGCCUCGACCGGCCACGGCACAAAGUACAGCCCCUUCACGCUGGCCGCCCAGCUCGCCAACAUCCAGCACCUGCCAAGCUUGUUCAACGCCCUGAUCGUCCUCGCCAUCGUCUCGAUGGCCAACACCAGCAUCUUCGCCGCUAGCCGUGCGUUCCAAGCUCUAUGUGAGAAGGGCAUGGGUCCCCGCUGGGGCGCUACGGUCAAGUGGGGUGUGCCGGUGUACGCCUUCAUGGUCACCUUCGUUUUUGGUCUGGUUGCUUUUGUCAACCUGGCGCCCGGUGGCGGUGCAAUUUUUGACUGGUUGUUGAGCCUCUCGGGAGCGAGCAACUACUACACCUGGGCCUCCAUCUGCGUGAGCCACAUUCGCUUCCGCAAGGCGUGGGCUACACAGGGACAUGACCUCCAAACGCUUCUCUGGAACAGCCCCUUUGGUGUUUGGGGUGCCUGGGUCGGUGUCGUGAUUUGCGUCGUAGGACUGUCCGCCAAUAUUCUGACGGCGAUCUGGCCCGUCAGCGACCAUGAUGCUCAGGCCGUCAUUCGCGACAACAUUGGCACCAUGAUUCCAUUUGUCCUGUACUUUGGCUACCGGUUCUGGCAAUCCAUGUUCAAAAAGCUAAAGCAACCUGUCCUGAUUCCUCUGGACCAGGUUGACGUGCGGACGGGCAUCCAUACGUACAGCUCCAGCUUGGACAUGGGAAUACCUACUCUUGUUACCGUCAAUAAGAAGUGA